AUGGAUAUCUAUUUGCGUCCCGCGGAUGUCGCUGUUCUGUGUGGCGGCAUACUAGCGUCCCUGGUUGUUGGUGUUGUGUACGCAGUGAAAGAGAGCCGUCAUGAGUCCUCGUCCUUCCGGUACCACCGAGGAGGCGGCAAGUUGCAUCCGUUUUCGGUCGCGGUUUCGUUAGUGGUGACAUUUGAAUCCUCCAUAGUCUACUUGGGGUACCCGAGCGAAAUCUACAUGUACGGAUCAUAUUACAUGAUGCAAAUUCUAGGACUGAUUGUCGGAUACCUGAUGAUGUUCUUUAUAACGAUCCCAUUGUUUUAUCCACUACAAAUCACGAGCGUCUACGAGUACCUACAGAUGCGCCACGAGUCCCAGAGAGUCCGACAGAUGUCAAUGUGGUUGGGUAACGUCGGAAAUCUUUUGUACGCGGGCAUUGCCACUUUCGGCGCCGCAACCGGUAUGGAAGGGGUUACUGGCGUAUCCGCGUGGAUAUAUGUCGUAGUGUUGACGUCGAUAGCGGUGGUGUACACGUCACUAGGCGGAAUUAAAGCGGUCGUCGUAACAGACGUAGUCCAAGGCGUAAUCAUGAUAUGUAUGAUAUUUGCCGUACUUAUUUACGGCUGUAUUCGCGUUGGAGGCGUGUCUACAGUGAUUGUGAUCAACAGACCAACUGGUAGAUUACAAAUAUUUGACUUCGAUCCUAACCUGUACAAACGACACACAUUUUGGACGCUUGCUAUAGGCUACGGCUUUAUGUGCGCUGGUAACUCCUUCAGUGCUCCCUUGGUGCAGCGUCUGAAUGCCAACCGUUCUAUAGGGGAUGCAAAAAAGGUAGCGGCCAUUUCGAUUCCAGCUUUUGUGAUAUUGCAUAUUCUUAUAAUGUUCGAAGGUCUAGUGGCAUAUGCAUACUUUUCACAGAAAGGCUGCGAUCCUAUUGCGUCGAAACAGAUAUCAAACCCGAACCAAAUUAUACCCUAUCUUGUGAGAGAUUUGUUUGCGGGCGUUCCCGGUAUAACUGGACUGUACCUGUCCGCGCUAUGCAGUGCGUCCCUGAGUACCAUCUCUUCGCUACUCAGCUCUAUUUCGGCAGUCACUCCCGAGGACUUCAUCCUACAGCGGUUAAAGGACGCAUCCAAAAAGAAGCUUACGCAACUUUCAAAAUUAAUUGUCGUUUUGGUCGGAGUGGUCUGCAUUGGUAUAGCCAGGUGA